ACGGGUGAGGCCUUUAGGAGAGCCCAGAAGCCGGGGUCCCAAGCUGAGGAAGGGGGUCAGUGUUGCUGGCGGCACUGGACCUUGCCCUCCCGGCCACCAACCUCGGGCUUCUGGAGUACCCUGGGUUGGGCCUUCACCAAUCCGUGCUGUGCGGGUCUGGUGCUCUUCCUGGGCUGCAGCAUCCCCAUGGCCCUGUCAGCCUUCAUGUUCCUCUACUACCCGCCGCUGGACAUUGACAUCUCCUACAACGCCUUUGAGAUCCGCAACCACGAGGCCUCCCAGCGUUUUGACGCCCUUGCGCUGGCGCUCAAGUCCCAGUUUGGGUCCUGGGGGCGCAACCGCCGCGACUUGGCUGACUUCACCUCUGAGACGCUCCAGCGCCUCAUCUCAGAGCAGCUGCAGCAGCUGCAUCUUGGCAACCGCUCACAGAGGGCCGCCAGGGCCCCACGUGCCGUCUCUGCUGUCCCUCAGUGUGUCCCAGGGUCGUGGUGGGACGCCUCUGCCGCCCGGAAGCCAGCAGCCAAUUGGAGCAGGCGUCUUCCACGUGAGACCCUGGCGGAUCUGGCAGCCAACCAGAGUGAGGUCCGGAUGGACCAAACGGCAGAAAAGAAUGGACAUCGCCAAGUUGGCACUCCACCCCCUGUGGUGGCCGUGACCAAUCAGAGCCGUGCCCGCCGGGGGACCUCCCACUGGGACUACUCUCGCUCAUACGUGAGCACCAACACCCAGACACACGCGCACUGGCGCAUCGAGCUCAUCUUCCUCGCACGUGGCGAUGCGGAGCGCAACAUUUUCACCAGUGAGCGGCUGGUCACAAUCCACGAGAUUGAGCGCAAAAUCAUGGACCAUCCAGGCUUCCGGGAGUUCUGUUGGAAGCCCCAUGAAGUGCUCAAGGACCUGCCACUCGGUUCCUACUCCUACUGCUCUCCGCCCAGCUCGCUCAUGACCUACUUCUUCCCUACCGAGAGGGGUGGCAAGAUCUACUAUGAUGGCAUGGGCCAGGACCUGGCGGACAUCCGGGGCUCCCUGGAGCUGGCCAUGACUCACCCCGAGUUCUACUGGUAUGUGGACGAGGGCCUGUCUGCAGAAAACCUGAAGAGCUCCCUCCUGCGCAGCGAGAUCCUGUUUGGAGCACCGCUGCCCAACUACUAUUCGGUGGAUGAUCGCUGGGAGGAGCAGCGGGCCAAGUUUCAGAGCUUCGUGGUCACCUACGUGGCCAUGCUGGCCAAGCAGUCUACUAGCAAAGUCCAGGUUCUUUAUGGGGGAACAGACCUCUUUGAUUAUGAGGUGCGCAGAACCUUCAACAACGACAUGCUCCUGGCCUUCAUCAGCAGCAGCUGCAUUGCCGCCCUCGUCUACAUUCUCACGUCCUGCUCAGUGUUCCUGUCCUUCUUUGGGAUCGCCAGCAUUGGCCUCAGCUGCCUGGUGGCACUCUUCCUGUACCACGUGGUCUUUGGUGUCCAGUACUUGGGCAUCCUCAACGGGGUGGCUGCCUUUGUGAUAGUGGGCAUUGGUGUGGACGACGUCUUUGUGUUCAUCAACACCUACCGCCAGGCCACCCACCUGGAAGACCGACAGCUGCGGAUGAUCCACACCAUCCAGACGGCGGGCAAGGCCACCUUCUUCACCUCCCUGACCACGGCCGCCGCCUACGCAGCUAAUGUCUUCUCCCAGAUCCCGGCUGUCCAUGACUUUGGCCUGUUUAUGUCUCUCAUUGUGUCCUGCUGCUGGCUGGCUGUGCUCUUCACCAUGCCUGCUGCCCUGGGCAUCUGGAGCCUUUACAUGGCACCACUAGAGGGCUCCUGCCAGACCAGCUGCCACCAGAAGUGUGGCCGCAAGCGUUCCCUGCACUUCCCCGGAGAUGUGUUUGCCACUCCCGAGCGGGCUGGGGGCAGCCCCGCCCAGGGCCCCAUGCCCUACCUGGACGAUGACAUCCCCUUGCUGAAUGUGGAGGAGGAGCCAGUGUCUCUGGAGCUGGGCGAUGUGUCUCUGGUGUCUGUGCCCCCAGAGGGCCUGCAGCCCACCCCCGAGAGGGCCAGCCGGGGUCAGCUCAUUGCUCAGCUGCAGGAGCUGCUGCACCACUGGGUCCUGUGGUCGGCCGUCAAGAGCCGCUGGGUGAUUGUGGGGCUCUUUGUCUCCAUCCUCAUCCUGUCCCUGGUGUUCGCCAGCCGGCUCCGUCCCGCCAGCCGGGCCCCCCUGCUCUUCCGGCCCGACACCAACAUCCAGGUGCUGCUAGACCUCAAGUACAACCUGAGCGCUGAGGGCAUCUCCUGUAUCACCUGUUCAGGUCUGUUCCAGGAGAAGCCCCACAGCCUGCAGAACAAUAUCCGGGCGUCCCUGGAAAAGAAGAAGCGAGGUUCAGGGGUUCCGUGGGCCAGCCGGCCUGACGCCACCCCGCAGGACUCCCCAGGCACCGUGUACGUCUCCAAGGUGAAGAAUAAAGGCCACCUGGCGGUCUACAGGUUCUCCCUCAAUGCCAGCCUGCCUGCCCCUUGGCAGAUCGUGUCCUCUGGGGACGGGGAGGUGCCCUCCUUCCAGGUAUAUAGAACGCCUUUUGGUAACUUCACCAAGAAGCUGACCGCUUGUAUGUCUACAGUAGGGCUGCUCCAGGCGGCGAGCCCCUCCCGCAAGUGGAUGGUGACGACCUUGGCCUGCGACGCCAAGCGGGGCUGGAAGUUUGACUUCAGCUUCUACGUGGCCGCCAAGGAGCAGCAGCACACCCGGAAACUGUACUUUGCACAGGCCCACAAGCCGCCUUUCCACGGGCGCGUGUGCAUGGCACCUCCCGGCUGCCUGCUCAGCUCCAGCCCCGACGGGCCGACCAAAGGCUUCUUCUAUGUGCCCAGUGAAAAAGGGCCCAGGGCCCGCCUCUCGGCCACCUUCGGCUUCAACCCCUGUGUGAACACAGGCUGCGGAAAGCCCGCGGUGCGGCCACUGGUGGACACGGGAGCCAUGGUCUUCGUGGUUUUCGGCAUUGUGGGCAUCAACCGCACGCGGCAGGUGGACAACCAUGUCAUUGGAGACCCGGGCAGCGUCAUCUAUGACAGCAGCUUUGACCUCUUCAAAGAAAUUGGGCACCUGUGUCGCCUCUGCAAGGCCAUUGCCGGGAACUCGGAGCUGGUGAAGCCAGGCGGGGCUCAGUGCCUGCCCUCAGGCUACAGCAUCUCCUCCUUCCUGCAGAUGUUACACCCUGAGUGCAAGGCGCUGCCCGAGCCCAACCUGCUCCCAGGGCAGCUGUCACACGGGGCCGUGGGCGUCAAGGAGGGCCGCGUGCAGUGGAUCUCCAUGGCCUUCGAGUCGACCACGUACAAGGGCAAGUCCUCCUUCCAGACCUACUCGGACUACCUGCGCUGGGAGGGCUUCCUGCAGCAGCAGCUGCAGACGUUCCCCGAGGGCUCGGCCCUGCGCCGAGGCUUCCAGACCUGUGAGCACUGGAAGCAGAUCUUCAUGGAGAUUAUAGGGGUGCAGAGUGCCCUGUACGGCCUGGCCCUCUCCUUGCUCAUCUGUGUGGCUGCGGUGGCCGUGUUCACCACCCACGUGCUGCUCCUUCUGCCUGUGCUCCUGAGUAUCUUGGGCAUCGUGUGCCUCGUCGUGACGAUCAUGUAUUGGAGCGGCUGGGAGAUGGGCGCUGUGGAAGCCAUCUCCCUGUCCAUCCUCGUCGGCUCCUCCGUGGAUUACUGCGUCCACCUGGUCGAGGGCUACCUGCUGGCCGGAGAGAACCUGCCCCCCCACCAGGCCGAGGACGCCCACUCGCAGCGCCAGUGGAGGACGCUGGAAGCCGUGCGGCACGUGGGCGUGGCCAUCGUCUCCAGUGCCCUCACCACCGUCAUCGCCACGGUACCCCUCUUCUUCUGCAUCAUAGCCCCAUUUGCCAAAUUCGGCAAGAUCGUAGCACUCAACACGGGCGUCUCCAUCCUCUACACGCUCACGGUCAGCACGGCCCUGCUCGGCAUCAUGGCGCCAGGCUCCUUCACCCGGACCAGGACUUCCUUCCUCAAGGCCCUGGGCGCUGUGCUCCUGGCAGGUGCCCUGGGGCUGGGCGCCUGCCUCGUGCUCCUCCGAAGUGGCUAUAAGAUCCCCCUGCCCAACGGGACCUUCCUAUAGCCCUGGCACUGGGUCCUGACUUGCUCACUUUGGUCCAGCGAGUAGGGACGAGACGCUUGUGCUCUGACCCCAGAGCCACCUUGUUUCCCAGCUUGGCUCCAACGACUUUUGUUCCCAGGCCUGGGCGGGAAGGUGCCCCGUGGCCCAGCCAGGGAGCUGACGCCCGCCUGCGUGGCCUUCAUCACAGUGCCGAGCCAGAGUUGGGUAGUGAAGCCGGCUGCCACCCCACCCCACCGGGCUGCUGGCAGCCACACUGGGCUCCCCCUGACAGCAGAAGAGACCAGCCUUCCCCCUGUGCCCAGUCACCAUGGGGGUCAAGUUAUUUUUGCAGGGGUUUCCCUCUCACACUGCCUGAGUGCUCGUAACAACCUUCUGAUGUGGGUGUUACAGGGCCUCCAUUCUACAGAUGUGAAAACUGAGGCACCGGGAGGCAAAGUGACUGCCUUGUAGCUGGAUCAGUGGCAGAAUCAGAGCUACUUCCUGAGCCCCACGCCUCCCCUGGGGUCUUUGCAGGAAGAGCAAGCACAGUGGGUUCAAGGGCAGGUGCCUCACAUCCCCUGUACCUGCUCCCCUCCCCUCAGCUUUACCACAGCCAUGGUCCUCCCCAGGCCUUUUGGUCCUGGCCAGAGAGGACAGAGGGAGCAGCCUGGGGUUCUGCAUGUCCUACCCUGGGCCCCAGCUUCAAGGGGCCCUUUUAAAACCUUCCAUGGGGGCUGUGGGGCCCCAGCACAGCCUUCCUCACAGAUCCCCCAUCUCUCCCAUAUGACUCUGGGGGUGGAAUUUGGGGGAAGGGGACAGCCCCCGGGAGGGGAGCUGGCCGAGCCUGCUGCCUGCUCACAGCAGAUGGUUCCUAUUAAAGUGAAAUGAAACUGCAGACCGCCACCAUUAACACGAGCAUUUUAAGCA